GAGGACGAAGCGGCUUCACAGGCUUGUUCAACGGCAACUUCUUAGCCAAUUUUGCGCAACCUCCCAUUGAACAAUUAUGGCUGCGUGUCUCAGAUUUACCCGCCGAGUAUGGCGAUCUUUCGUGGAGAAUAAAGGGCACGACCAGCAAUGUUUCCCCAAUCUCUCCAUCCUUGACGCAAAGCCAGGCCUGCUCAAGGCGUCUCUCAAGAUCGAGCCGUACAACCUGAACCGUGUUGGCACCGUGCACGGCGGGCUUAUCAUGUCCCUCACCGAUACGCUCGGUUCUCUUGCGGUCGCGACCAAGGGGCAGUACAUGACCGGCGUCUCUGUCGACAUCGGCACGUCCUUCGUCAAGCCCGCAGGCCGCGUUGGGGAGGAGCUUACCGCGACCGCCGUCGUCACCGGGAUCGGCAAGUCGCUCGCGUACACGCGCGUGGACUUCUACAACGCGCAGGGCCAGCUCGCGGCGUACGGCCAUCAUACGAAGUACGUAGGCAAGUCGGCCGGCCACGAGAGCGACGUGAAGUUCUCCGAGGAUGGCGAGCGCGUUAUCGAGGGCGAGGACAUCGACUAGCCGCAGCGCAAGCAGACACGGAGGGAGCGUUCACGCGGAUCACGGCGCGUUCGACCUGUCGCUUCUGCGCGCUGGAGUCUUGAUGUGCACGACGCGUCCGCGUUCUCCUCGAAGGUCCCCAUCAUGCAGCCCCGGAGGCCCGGCAUGUGGAUGCCUGAAUGUCGACUCUUGAGUAUGGCGUGCUCCGUAUCCAUCAUUGCCAAUAUAGAUAUCUCCAUCGCGCUAUGAAGGGAGCGCGACGCGAGAGCGUCGCUAGAUGAGCUUGUCUCCCAUAGGCAGACGUAUAGAUGAGCUAUCGACG